AUGGCUGAAUCUUCAUGCUCAGCCAGAUGAGGAUUAAAAAGAAAAAUUACAUUGGGGAUUUCAGUUGCAGCUUUAUUUUUGUAUGCAGCAAUUACUAUUUGGCUUGCUUUUGAAACUAAUAUUGGUGAUAAAUUUUUGCCUUCAGAUAAAGAAUUUAUAUAUAAUAACCAAAUUUUUACUCCAUCAAAAGAUUCAGAGGAAAGUAAUCAAAAUGAUAAUGAUCAUGCAGAACAAAAUAGCAAAGCUAACAUCUCUAAUUCUCAUUGAGAGUAUUAUAGCCUGCUAUCAUCCAGUCUCGUUGAAUUCAAAGAUUAUGAUAUAAGUGCAGAAUCUUCACAAAGAUUCCAAAAAAUCCCUUCACAAAUUCCAAAUAUUUCUUGUUUUCCUCUAAAACUUGGAUACUCAGAUAGCCAGGCAGACGAAUUAUUUAAUCCAUGAAAAUCAUUUGAUAGUUGCAGUGACGAAAAAAAUCAAUUUUUAUUUUUCAAUUCAUCAAAUAAGUAAUUUUCAAGCAGCAAACUUGAAAUGAAUUGCACAGAAAACCCUCAAUAUGCACUAGGGAGCUUAAUUGAAACUGAAUCAUUUGGAUCUUUAUUAAUCCAAAUAAAAUGAAAUAACUAUACAAGCCCAGUUGAUAUUGGUCAAAGGGAAUUUGCAUAUGGGAAAUGUGGGCGCCAAAUUCAAACGUUUUUAGUUAACAAAUUCAACAAAAAAGUCGCAGAUGAAGCGAAAGAAAAAUCAAGAGAAAUCAAUCAAUUUUUAGCUAGAAGAAAACCGCAUAGGCCUCUUACUGUUUUUUACAUAUUGAUUGACUCUUUAUCUCGUCUUCAUUUAUAUAGAAAUCUACCUUUAUUUAUUGAUUUUUUAAACUCAAAUAUCGUAACUGGUAAAUAUUCAAUGGACUUUUUAGCUUAUGACUUCUUACAUCCCUACUUCAAGGUCAAUUAAGAAAUGGAAAAGAUAUAAUAAUUUGAGAGAGGAUAGUGCAAGAAUUUUAGCUCUUAUUAAUUAUUAUUUCAAUUAAACGUAAAAUUUUGUUUAUGAAUUUAAAAUUUUAUAUAUAAAAAUGACCUCAAAAGCAAAAUUCUAUUAAAAAAAUGCCAAAUCCAAAAAAAUGAUACCUUUAUUUUCAUAAGGAGGAUUAAUAAAUAGUGCACAAGGAGAAAACACAUAUCCCAAUAUGAUUCCUGUUCUAUAUGGCCAUAACUCAUCUUUUCAUGAUGAUUUAAUCGGCGGAAAAGGUUUCAGUUUUAGGCGAAAAGCUGAUGAUUGGAUCUUUCAAGGAAUCCAACAAAAUUCUCUGUGACAUUUCUAUAAAGAAAAUGGCUUUGUCACAAUGAUGGGUUAUGACACAAUAUAUGAUUUUCUCGCUAAAGGACUUGGAAAAAAAAUUCAAACAGAUCACCAAGCUUUCAAUUUUUGGUCAGGAGCAGCCUAUACAUAUGGCUAUAAAGAUUUCUUAGAGCUCCAGCAGUGCUUGGGUCUUCACAACUCUCAUUACUAUAUGCUUGAUUAUACUUGGCAAUAUCUCAAUAAUUAUUCAAAAAUCAAUAAAUUUGCAUAUAUUCAUCUUUCAACAGCUCACGAAGAGAGUGGAACUGUUAUAAGAACACUAGAUGAUGAUUUAGUAGAAUACAUGGAAAAAUUGGUCAAAUAUUUCUAUGAUAAUCCAGAUGAAGAUAUGAUGAUUUUUGUUGGCUCAGAUCAUGGAAAGCAUACGAAAGAGUGGGAUAGAAGUUAUGAAGGGUAUAUUGAAAAUAAGCUUCCUUCUCAGUUUGUUAUUACUAAUAGAAAAUUUAUUUCAAGGAUAGAUGCAGCUCGCAAUUUAAAAGAAAACUCGUUGAGAAUGGUUGGAAAAUUUGACUGAAACUUGACUUUAAAACAAUUAGCUGUGUCUCCAUAUGGAAAAUUAGACCCAAAAAGCAUUCUUUAUAAUCAGUGGAAAAAGGACUUCUUUGUAAAAGAUUCAAUAAGCCUACUAUUAGAGAGUGCAAGCCAAGAUAGGACUUGCAGUGAUCUUGGAAUUGAAAAUUAUUUAUGCACCUGCAUAAGAUGAGUUGAUAUUGCCUAUAAGCAGCAAUAUAAGCCAGUAACUGUUUUGGCUGAUCUAGCAAUAAAAUCAAUAAAUAAUCAAAUAAAAGAGUCGCAUGCUUCCUGCCAAUUGGUUCUUUUGGGUGCAGGUCAAAUGACUUUGCCUUUUUGAUAGUGUCAAUUUCACCGAAAAAUUUUUGGGAAAAUUUUUGAUAGUGAGACAUUUGAUCGAAAAAAUCCGUUAAUUUUCGGCCAAAUGUCCGCACUAUCAAAAAUUUUCGACCAAAUGGAUUUCGAUGAAAUGUACACUGUCAAAAUCCACUAUAGAAAUUGCCCGAGGAUGGCGCUAUUUGCACAUCCUCGGCAACCGAAAAUCGGCUCCACACGGGAACCAUUUUCCACGUGUGGAGCCAUUUUUCCACACGGGAACCAUUUUCCACGUGUGGAGCCAUUUUUCCACACGUGAGAAUCCUGACUUCCACGUGUGAAAAAAUCGCUCCACACGUGGAAAAUGGUUCCCGUGUGGAGCCGAUUUUCCGUAUUGCCAGAGAAUGGCGCAAAUAGCGCCGUUCUCUAGCAAUUAAUAUAUCAUUUGGCAUGGAGCCGGUUCAUUUAGAUAAUAUUCUAACUGCAAAAGAGCAUCAAAUAAGAGGUGAAGAAUUUCAAAAUAGAAACAUAACUAUUACCAUUUCUAUCAAAGAAAGCCAAAAGGCACUGUAUGAAGUGAAUGGAUUCGCAGCAGAAGCGACAAAAGAAUUCAGAAGGCUUGAGCUUGAUGACCCUUAUGGUUUCAACCCCAGUGAAAGAUUCACUCAAAGAUUCCCCAAGGGCUUAUUAAUUUCAAUGAAAGCUCAGCUGCAUUCAAUUAAAAGACUUGAUAUCUACUCACACAAUUGCACCAAGCCUGAAUCAUUAGCUGCUCCAUAUUGUUUCUGCUAA